AUGAUGGUUAAUCCAUUUAUUUUGUCUUUGUAAGUGCUAAAGAAAGCUCAAUGUUUUACAGGGUUUGAUUUUAGGGCUUCAUAUUUACACAGUGUGCUCCUAUUUUGUUUUUUAUUUUUGUUAUUUUUGCAUGUACUUUGUUCUGACGACCAUCUAUUUCUUAAAAUUUUGAUUAAAAGAUUUAUGUUUAUGUGAUAAUUUGUAUUUUCUCCAAUGAUGAUGCAUAUUAGCGAUCGCGAUAAAUCAGUGACAAACUUGCUGGCUAAACAAACAAUGGACACCGUUUCAUUGUAUUCACUAUUAUGUGAAUGUGGUUAAGUUAAAAGUACGCGGAACGCGUUAUGGCCAUUUUCAAUGCAGUAUGCGUGCUUGUUCAAAACGUGCUUCGUUAGGAUAUUGUUUUGAGCUCCCGUAUGCUAAUAUCGCUAAAGCGCCUUAAGUAUUUGAAAGAAAGACAAGGGAUUAUUAACUAACUUGUUGUUAAUAACACAGCUGAAUAUCUUUUCAUGUCAUCCGACCAGAUUUCCAAUAACAAAAGAAUUGUCUUACUUGUUGUUAUGCGGUCUUCUGACUCUGUAUGAAAACCACUUACAGAUCCCGUCAAGCGCGCAAAUCAACUUGUAUCCGGUACAGAUCGGCUGAUCGUCAUCCUUCACUUCUGUCCUGUAAGUGAGUCUGUUUUAUAGAGGUUAACUUUAGCAAUGACUUCAAAUUCAACAAUCAUUGCUAAACAAAAGAUUACUAAGUUGAUCUGCAUUUUGUUGUUUGCUGAAGUGGCCUUGCUACUGUUUGUACAAGCACGGACUGGCUUGUACAAUGUUGGUAGUCCAAAUACUUCACUCCGCAAUAGUUAUGAACUUUCACCAGGAGUUAGAGACUCCCUCGAUCAAUGGAAGAUAUUUCAGUUGACUUAAUUUAAAAGUACUUAAAGCAUAGUUUUCAACGAAAGCCGCUUGAAUGCCUGAACCAACUAUUUUGACUUAAAUAUUAUGAAUCGCAUUGAAAUUCAAUUAGUAAAAGAUUCUUUUCAAAAAAUGUAUAUCCACAGUGUUUUUUGGCCAUCAGAAUCAGGGGAAUGUACUGAACAUGAUCGGCAACCCUAAAUGUUCAUUAUCAGCUGAGCAAUUAUUUUUCGCAGUCUUUAAAUGGCAUCGUUUAGCUUCAAUGCACUUUUACUUUAUUUCAGUUGCCAUUCUUUCGGCUUGUCGUAUUAGCAAAGUUAUUAGGUGCAAAAAAUAAUUACUUGUCUUUGUUUUGUUGACAAUGUUUUUGGCUUGGAACAAUGAUUUCAUUUUGGAAGAUCCACUUAACAAUUGACCACUCAAAUUCAAUUUUGGAAGAUCCACUUAAACGCAAUGGGAUUUCUGUUUCUCUAGGGAGUUAAAAUGGCCCCAAGAAAACCGAAAACAGUAUGGAGCCGUAUCUAAAACAACUAGUAUGGGCGUAUCUAAAACAACUUGGCUACUUUAGAAUACUUUUCGUGCCAAUACAAUCCUACCCUGGGUACUAGAGGUUUUCCUCGCGUGCGGUCGGAAUUUUCGGUGUUGGCCGAAGCCGCGAGAAAAAGCUUUUCGCGCGGGUCACUAUAAGGGACGGACCAUUAGAAAAGUUAUGGGGGGGAAUUGAGCUGCAGGAAUUUUUUUUUCGUUAUCAAAUUCCUUGUAUGAAUUUUUUUCAGGCCCUUGCAUGAAUAUUUCUUAGGGUUUAUUGGCGUGCAAGAAUUUUUUUUCAUUUAAUUUUCCCUUGUGUUUUCUAAUGGUCCGUCCCUAAAGACUGGACAGAAACCGGAAACCGCGCUAGAAAAGUCUCUGGCACCCAGGGUAACACAAUCCUAGUUUAAAAGAGAUUCUAAAAAGCACUUACAGAAGCCCAUAACCCGGAGAGUGCAACUCCCAUGCUUAGCAUAUGCAACGGCGUUUUCACAGAUCAAGUUGUUUUUAGCAUCAUUUUUGAGAAGUUUUUCCAGCGGAAAUGGAAGGGUUCUAGUCCAAGGGACGAUAAUUACAUAAAGAAGAAGUAAAUGCUAUCAAAACAUCAGAAAUACUAUUUUUCUAGUCUCCGGUUCAUAUUUUGAUGACUACAAUGAUUUGUAAGACUUACUUGAUCUUCCCAAAUUCGAGGGAAAAUCGACCCAAAAAUAGACCGAUCUUUGAAAGAUUCGUUGCAUGGGCACAAGGGAGUUGCUCGCUCCAGGUUCUGAGCUUCUGGCACUUACCAGUCUUACAGCGUGGAAUCAGUGUUGAUAGUGUCCUCUUCUAAGUAACCUGAGAUCAGGCGUUAUUUUUCUUUGCUUCUUUGCUCCUUUGGCUCGUGAGGGAAAAAAAUAACCUAAAACAGAUUACAGAGAUAAAGGGAGAGGGCAUGAUCGCAGGCUAUCUUCUAAGGUAGUAGGGGCCUUGCGUGGACAGUGAGGCCCUGCAAACUCAAGAUCGGGGCUCCAAUACCUUGCACUCCCAGCUUCUGCUUCUUUUCUUUGUUUCUGGUCCCUUUACCACCUUUUCGACUUGGAAAUAUUAAGCGCUGUUGCCCAAUUUCCCCCCAUUUCUCCUGUUUCCCUCCCUUUUAGAACUUCUAGCUCAGCUCUUUCGUCUUCCACCUUCGGCACCCUUACCAACUCCUGUUCUCCUAGGCUCGUUUCCCCUUGUUCUCUUUCGCUUCUAAGGAAUUCCAAUUAGACUAACAUGCAUGUCAGUUACAAAGAACAUGCUAUCAGCUUUGAUCAGGUAUGAUCUCUUAGCAAAUAAUAAUCAUCAUAAAUUAACUGCACUGAUUUAUGCCAUACUUUAUUUCUUUGUUUACUUCUAUAAUAACAGCGAUUUGUUUGGUAGACAAGGGGCAGAAAUAAAAUACAAAUUUCUUGAUUAUAAAAUAGCAUUAUUUUCUUCAGCCUCAUCCAGAAAACGGCAUAUCUACAUGUACUAAGGACAAUUAUUAUUAGAUAUAAACAAAUCAAUCAAAAAAGCAAUCUCGUCUCCAUCUGUGCCGUUAACCUGCGUUGUAAGAAAUACCGGUAUUACUAAAAAAAACUGCGUUGCAACUGGCCAUGGUUAACCCUUCGGGGUUAUACGAGCAGUGUAUGAGUUACGUUUUACACAGGAUACUGUAGUUUAUAUAGUUUAUUCUUUGCGAACCUAAAUUCAAAAGAACGAAACAGGUUAACUUAAAAUGUUGACAUUUUUCGUUUCCUGAAAACAUAUUUGUUAGUCUGGGAUUUCAGCGAAUCAUCAAAAGGUUUAUGUAAGCUAUAUAUUUAUCCCAAUAUUCUCUCUAACAGAUACAAUGUCCAACACAUCGGCAGUUAACACUACGCAGCCCACAGGGCCUGGUGCUGAGGGAGGCGGAUUUUUUACCCUUUCCAGGGAGUCGGUCAUUGUGGCCUGCUUCUUUUACGCAAUCAUCGCUCUGGUAGCUGUGUUCGGUAACCUGAUGGUGGUGACAGCGUUUUUUAUUAACGACAAACUCCGCACGGUGACAAAUUAUUUUGUCCUUGGAUUAGCCGCCGCGGAUAUUCUGGUGGGUGCGGUAUCGGUUCCUCUGUGGAUGUACAUUCUAAACCACUACGCCGAAAAAAGGAAGUUUGAUCAACAUUUCCAGAACAUAAACAAACUUUACCUUGCUUUGGAUAGCUUUGCAGGGAUUUCUUCCAUCCUUCACCUCAUGGCUAUUUCCAUGGAGCGCUAUUUUUGCGUCGGUUGGGCUGUGAAGCACCGUAACCUGCCGAAGUAUUUUUAUUACAUUGCUUUGUUUAUGGUUUGGUUUAUAUCCGCCUUUGCAUCGUGCCUCAAACUCAUGGUCCCCAGCGUCAAACGAGCAGACUAUGUACUGUUGAUCUUUGUGGUGUUCUUCCUCCUGCCGCUGACCAUCAUCGUGGUCUCAUAUGCAGCUAUCUGGAAAAUAGCCAUGACCCGGAUGAACAACAACCCAAGUAAGCGCUCAUUGAAACGUGAAAUUCGCACUGCAACGACGAUAGCCUUUGUUAUUGGUUUCUUCUUAGUUGCUUGGACACCGUUUUUCAUUUCAAGCAUCGUCUUUACGUACUGCCCACAGAUUGAGUGUCCUUUCAGCUGGUCCGCAACCAUCCUUUUCAAAUUUCUUCAUUACUCCAAUUCGUCAAUUAAUCCCAUUGUGUACGGAGUGCGAAUACCAGAAUUCCGAAAGACUUUUAAGUUCAUUUUAAGACGCAUCUAUGGACCAGUACUGACACCAUGCAGAAGAUAG